GCUUUGGCGACACCAAGUGGAGCAGAGUGAGUACUGCAACAUCACUUGUUUUUAAAAUGUGAUUCAACAUUGUGCAUUGAUUCAUACCGCUGACUAUUAUCACAUUAAAGACUAAAAACAAGUCUUUUUUAAACAUUUUUAAUCAAUAUAGUUUAACUUCAAUUAAGCUAAAAUGCUUAUAGCACUCGUAAGUAAGGUUCAAUAUACACAGUUUUUUUAUUAACAUUAAAUAUUCACUUUAAAAACUCAUUUCUUGUAUUCCGUAGUUUUUUUUUUUUUAUUUAUUUUUGUUUUUUUAUUAUUAUUUUUUUUCCACAGGGAAAGUCUGCAUUAUUUUCCAACCAUUUUAUAAAUAGACUCAGAAUCCCUAUAAAAAAAUGAAAAUGUUUCUGGUCAAAAAAUGCGCAUGUAAAAUAUUCUCAAAUCGAAACAUUAUUUAAUAAAAAUUUAAUACCCAAUUUAACGCAGAAAGGUUCCCUUACAAUAAUCGGUGUAAGUUUUUUAACGUUAACCGGCACAUUAUUGAAUCUGCCGCUUAACGUUCACGUCACUGACGUCGUCUGUUUUUACCUACAAGGAGAUGACGUUGCACAGGGCGACGCGGCGCCCAAAGUAAAGAUGGCGGACAUGUCGGGGAGCGAGCAGCUGUCAGAGGAGAAAGAAAAAGAUAUCGAGCUGAAGAAAAGACAAAAACGACCGUGGGAGGAUUUGCACAAGUCGGCUAAAAUCGGUUUAACUCCAGAGCUGCCGGAAACUUUGGGUUUUUAUGAUAUUAGCGCUGUCAGGAGGGAGCAACGGGAGCAGCCAGCAGGUAAGGGUCCCAACGGUUACCCCGAAGUGACGUUUGGACCGUUACAGCUCAUGAGCGUUACUGCUCUCAGAUAAAAUACUGUCACGACAUAUGACUAGAAAUAUAACUCAACGGGACAUAUAAUACUUCGUUGUAAGUCGAUGUGGAGGCUGUAGGGGUUGUUAUUAUGUUGAGUAAGUUUUGUCAACGUCCUCUAAGGUUACAAUCACUGACAGCUCCAAUAAGCUGUCAGUUUUGCUCAAAAUACUAAAUGUCACAACUCUGACACUUGAAAAAUAAAUACAGUAACUCAUUAAAACUUAAAACUGUGCCUGUCUCUCAUACUGUGGGUGUUGUGAUAACUAUCUAAAGUUGGUGAACAUGUGUACAUGAAAGUCCAGUAAUAGUAAACCUUACAUCCAUAACCUAAUAUUAGUUUGAAACGUUAUGUAAUCUCACAUACUUUUUCAGUUGGAGUUUUUUUAAUCACUUGUCUUAGACCAUGAAAUCAGAAAACUGAUGUUAACCGAAUAGAUUUAGCUUGUAUUGAAAACUUUUGGUACGCAUUGGUGGUGUUCAGUACAAGUUUCAAUGUUGGUUUUGCACACUUUAAGCUUACUGUUAUUCACUAAAUUCAUCUAUUUAGCUGCUCUUAUUAUUACCCAAGUCUGUUUGCAUGUAGUUUGCAUGUCUAUAGUAAAUAACACCCUCUGGAUCACGGAAGCAGAAAUUGAAGUCGAGGUUUUCAGGUGUUAAACCAACUCUACUGCCACUCACACCCAUCAGUCAUAACAUCACAACCACCUACAUAUAGUGUCACCCACUUUCUCCUCAGGUUGGGGUCGAAACAACCCUGACCUGACGAGAUAUGGACUUCACUAGACCUCUGAAGGUGUUCUUUGUUAUUUGGUACCAAGUCCUGGAAGCUACGAGGUAGCACCACCAUGGAUUGGACCUGGUUGCCCAGCAUCCAGGAUCUGGUGUAUUUGUCUACAACCUUGAUCUACAUGAUCAGAUACAGGCCCCUUUAUUUAUACAAAAUGGGGAUUUAAUACUGUCAGUCUACAAACAACAGCCAGUAUAAGUAUGUUAUAGACAAUAAAGCCAGGAAACUGCUUUGGGUCGCACACUGAGAAAUGCCCUGGAAGCUUCUACGGUAGACCGGGAACCACAAGAGCUGCACUUUCAGAGAUGUUCUGACCCAGUCCUCCAGUCAUCACAGUAAAGCCCAUGUCAAAGCUGCUCAUAUCCUCAUGUUGGUUCACUUUUGCCAACUUCUCUAAUGGCUAAACAUUUCCCAUUAUAAUGAUAAACACAGUACCUGUCAAUGUUAACUAAAAACGAAAGAAAAGGAGACACUUUAAGUUUGGUGCCUGAUGGCAGACAUAGAUAUUUGAUUCUUCACUUGUUGGCAAUAUUUAGACUCUAAUCGUUCUCAUGAAUCCUCGUUUGACCCCUCAGAUAGUGAAUUUAUUUAGUCAAGAAUAAGUCAGGGCGACAUCAAAGGCUGUGUAAACACUGCUGAAUAAACGGCAAACAGUCGAAAGUGCAACUAACAAAAACACUGUAGCUGCAUAGAGAAGCAUGUUUGCUCAGGAGGUGACAUUUACAAUUUAAUUUAAAAGAAAUACUGCACAAUGCUGCAGACAUAAUUGACAUGAUUGUCUUUUAGAGACAGUCUUUCUGGUGUGAAACUGAACUGAACUGAACCUCUGUGAUAUUUCUGCUUCAGCCCCCAUUAAAUACAGACAUGUUUUAGCUCAAUGUGUAACUUAAACCUCAGUGGCACGAGUCAUACCGACCCAGCACAACAUAUUAGAUCAUUCGAUGUUUGAGGUCCAGUAAAUUAAUCUUUUUCUUUUGAUUACGAAGCAUGACUUUGACAAGUUCAUAUAAUUUGGAAUCAAGUGAAAGGACUUGAAUUCAGUCUGUGGAAAUUUGGUGUAAAUUGUGACCCGGAUAAUCAAACAAAGGCUCUAAGGUUGAGAUAAAAACAAGUUCCUUUUUAUUAAAUUGUCUGAAAAAUAAAAACAAAAUAAAAAUGCAAAUUCCUUUCUUGUUGUAGAGAUGCAAAUCCUACAGGACUUUGUUAUACUUUCAUUUAAAACCAGGGCAAAAUUUUUAGUUGUUAAUUUAAAUGAGAACUAGGGUCUGACCGAUAUGGAUUUUUUGGGGGGCGUUGCCGAUACCAGUUAUUAGAGGGGGAAAAAAUCUGAUCACCGAUUAAUCGGCUGAUUUUUAAAUUUUUUUAUGAAGUUUUAAAAUUGUGUUAAUUUAAGUAAUAUAUCUACACAUUGACUUUUUUUUGACAAAUGGCUGCUUUUGAGCCUUUCAAACACUUCUUCAAAGAAUUAAAGGCAGAAAACUCAUUUCAAAUCCUUUUGAUUGUCAUGAGUUUACUGCGCCAUCUACAGGAUAAGUCAGGGGAUCUUUUCAAAUGGCGGAACAUUUUCGAAGUGAAACCGAAUCUUAUUCUCCACAUUUUUUUUGGAAAACAUCGUCGACAAUCAACAAGUUUUGGCCGAUUACCUAUUAGUCUCAAACGGGCUAAAACUGGCCAAUUUAAUCGUCUCGCUGAUUAAUCAUUCGGGCCCUAAAAAAAACAUCCCAAUAUUUCACAUACCAAAUGAUCAAACUAUGACUUUGAGAAAGUCAACGGCAGAAAAAUAAAACUCUCAAAAGCUUUAUUUUCAUUGUUUAGAUGUUUUGUAGUGAUUCCCUGAAUUAGACAAAGAGACAAAAACAGGUGAACCUCAGUUUUCACCGUUCAGGGAAGCUUCCUUCUCUUUCACUCUACAGUAGGACACUCUAAAGGUCAGUUCUGUCAUUGUGUUGAUAGCUGUGGUUGUAAUUGUUGCAGACAAUAGCCGUGUGCUAACACUGGUGCUUCAAUGUUGUUCCAGAUCCGUCGUUGACUCGCUUCAUCGCUGCAGAGCUCACCAGAGGCUACUUCCUGGAACACAAUGAGGCAAAGUACACAGAGCGCAGAGAGAGAGUUUACACAUGUAUGCGUAUUCCAAAGGAGCUGGAGAAGGUACAAGUUCUGAACUUCAUGUCUUUCUCUUCAACUUUCUCUCACUUGUCUGCUGCCGGUCUCAAAAACACACUCGUACUAUUGUCUGUUUACAGAUCACAGUGAGCUGACGGUUGUUGUUUCAGCUUGAAUCUGUAACAGAAUAAUUGCUGCAUGAUCUUGAUUAACUAGAAUUUAGACAAAGUGAUCCUGUUUUCACAGAGAAUAUUCAGUACAACUAAAACAAAUCAGGCUCUGUUCUGUUCUACAUGUAGAAAAAGUCAUCUGCCAUGUGUUUUACUAAAACAGUCUGUUUUUGUUGUUCCACUCUGUAGCCACCAGGUGACAGUGUUGUAAUAUAAAGUAUGAAUUCAUCUUCAUGCGCAAUGCUUCUUGCUCAGAAUACAUUUCACACUCCAUUAUAGUUUGCUGGUACUAUAACCAUUAAAACAUCAAUGACAAACACAGGUGAACAGGCAGCGUGUGAGGAGUACUGACCUAAACUCUUGGGUUUAAAUCUAUUAAUAGGAGCAUUAUUAAUUUAGUUGAUAUAUUUCCAUGUUAUGUAAAGGUCAUUGUAAAUGUUCUGGUGGGUUUUCUUUGCCGAAACACAUCUGGACUAGUAAGCCCAGACUAAUGUGGCGCUCUCUCACUUGGUUUUUUUCCUCGGGGGAGAGAGAGGAAUGUGUGCAAACAUGAAAGGCCUCAGUGAGUUCACUAUGUUAAGCAAUCUAACCAACUUCACCCGUGCCUGACAAGCCUGAAGAAAAGCCACACAGAAUCCACCAAUGAGAGACAGAACCUCCUUCAAACUUCCUCUCAAACUUACUCACCACAGUGCUCAAGUGUCAUUUGAGUAAAGACAGAUAUCUGCAUGCUGUUAAUUUACCUCUUUUUAAACGUUUCUCUUUUGUGGACAACAUGGCACUGUUUAUUUUUAUGAGUUCAUUUACAAAGGUAAGUCUUUGUUUUGUGAUUUGGUGUAAGCGUAGCCUCGUUCUAACUCCAACAUGUGGUGGUAAUAGCUUUCAUAUGGCUUUCCUGCACUGAGAAGGAACUCAGAACAGUUUACUGACUUGUAACUAGAUGAUGAGAUGGAGUCUGAGCAUGCUGAUGGUCUUUGUUAAAAUGUCAGUUGUUGUUUGACUUGAAGGUGUUACUUGUGUGUCUUUUCUAGCUGAUGACCUUCGGCCUCUUCUUAUGUGUGGAUGCCUUCCUGUACGUCUUCACCCUGCUGCCCCUUAGGGUGCUGCUGGCCAUGCUCCGCCUCCUCACUCUGCCAUGCUGUGGCUUCAGGUCAGAACCCCCAAAAUAACACUUUUAAUGAACAUAUAAGAACAAAUCAUUGGGUUUUGUUUGUGUGAUACAAAGAUACAGAUAUUUGGCCUUAGGUUUGCACAAUUCCACCGACACUGACAACUUUUGUAAUGCUUGAAGUGAUGAUAAUGUCUUUAAUAAUAACUGUGGCAUGAGGUCAAUAUGAGAGAUGUUAUUGAUAAAUUGAUCCAAUUUCUCGAUACUUUUGUCAGUAAACUGAACACAAAUGAUCCUACAGCCCAACGAUUACUGUAUUAUACUGAACUUACAUUGUUGAUCUUGCUUGGAUGUUUUUUAUCAUGUGAUGCAAGAAUUAUUAUUAUUUUUUUUCUGAAUGAAUUGUGUAUGCAAGCACUAGCAGACCACAGAUGGCAUGGAAGCGUUCAUCACUGCCUGCAAAGUGUCAUUAUCUUAUGGAGACAUUUUGCCGCCCUGUUGUAAAAUGAAAUGCACAAAAAUAACACAAAUCAUAUGAAGGGAAAAGGAUAUGUUUUUCAGAUGCUCACAAACAGCUGACGUUAUAGUCUGGUUAUACUGUUUGACACACAGAAAGAUAGUAUUUAUACUCACAUUAAGCAAACAAAAAGCAGUGAGAAAAGAAACAAAGAAAAGCUCACACUUAGUCAAUGCUGCAUCACAAUAUUUCAUGGGGGGUAGUAGAGAUACGGCUCAACUUACCCCGUUCCAAUAGUCAACUUACCCCAUACACAGGGUAAAUUGACUAUAGGAGAUCACUUUUUUUGGCAUGUUAUAUUAUCAACACUGUUCUGUUUACACUCAUUCUGUUGGUUUUCAGGGAUGCACAACAUCUUUAAAUAUAUGCAGAUAUACUAGUUAGAGACAAAACUAUGAUUGACUUGAUGUAGUGAUCGGAAAUAUGAAAAAUGGCUCAUCUUACCCCACUCUCCCCUAACACUUAACUGAAACUCUGUGAUUAUUAAUCUUUUUGCAGCAUUGACUUCGACUGACAGUUUUCUUCUUUUUCCUGUUUGACAUGUGUGCACAAUUUUUCUUGAAGUACUGAAACAUUUCUAUAAAAUCACAAGCAAAACAUGAACAAAAUGGCCAUGCGAAAAUAAAAUACGAGUUAAGUCAUUAUAGACAAGGUCCUGUGUGGUUGCAUCUUUUUAAAGAGGCUGUUCCCACACUCUCAGCUGUGGUAAAAUUCAUCACAAAGCAUGAUACAGUGUUAACUGUUUAUACAGUAUAUAUGCAGUUUACCUAGAUUGUGUAAUUAGCUUGAGUAUUGUCUUAGAAAUGAACACUCUUAGUGGUAAUAGAGUUUUAUUAAGGCGUAGUUUUCCUCUUCAGCAUGUGUAAAAAACUUUGGCGAGAUCUUGUGAAGUUUACUGUCCAUCGAUUAUCAAACAUCAUCUCUUCAUUGUUUUACCUUCAAACAUCGUCAUGUUGUCUUCUCUCUGUAUAAAAGAUACAGCAACAGUUAAUGUCAGUGCCUUAGUAAGUGUCUGGUGCACCCGAGUCCCUCAGAAGGACACUCCCUGCCUGUCCCACUCUCUGUCUGACUCUUUCCUUGCCUUCCUCCCCUCCUGCAGGGCACGCACAUGCCCCUACUGCAGAAGAAGCAGGUACGCUCCUUAACCCCUAUUAAGGCCCCAUGAAUGUCAUCACUGAACCGAACUGGCCUCCACAUCCCUUCACAAGUUUCUCUUCAUCUCUAUUUUGUCCAUCAACACACAGCCCUGCCCCUCAUGCUGUGUUCUCCGAGCCAGACCGGCCUCGUUGGGUCUUCACAAGUUCUUUUAUCUUUGUCAUCCAGGGAAGAUUUAUGGGAGUGCAUGCUCAUCCUCAUCACUGUGUUGCUUGUCAGAGAUAUAGCUGCACAUGCUUUAACUGAAGUGCUUCUCACAGCACAGCUCCUCUGGAACAGUUUGGGGCACAUUUGUCUUGUUUAAGGGGCGUUUAUCAGCAGCUGCUGAGGAAGGUAAAAACUAGUCCUUCCUGUACAGAAACCCCCAGUUGCUCUGCAGAAGCAAAACAGCUUCUAUUUUGACAGGUCUUUGCUUCUCUAACAAGCUUUUGUUAUCAAGUUCAGGCCCUCUCCUCUGUUCCUGGUGCAGAGCCUUAAUGCCUGCUCUCAGGCUAAUACUGUAUGAAUGGCACAUACUACUGGCUACUUGGAAUGCAGCACAUAGCUGACUGAACUCAAACAUAUAUAAUAUUCACACGUGUGUUAUGGAGAUAAUGCUUGUAGAAAAGAGAUUGUGAAGACUGCUUUGUGCAGGCUUUGCCACCAGCCGGCUGCAGCAGCUUUGUGCCUCUGUGGAGCCGCACAUUUAGUGGGUAAGAUGCUCUGGUACCUAAAGCACCUGAAUACUGAAGCUGUUUUCAACACUUUUUAUAAAAGAAGUUUAAAAUUGAAGUGUAAAAACAUCAGUUUAGUCAGUGAGAACUUAACUGUGUCAAAUCAGUGGAUUGUUUGUUAAUGAAAACAGUUGCAGUGUUGGUGUUGGUGCUCUAGCAUCUCUUUUUGAUCCCAUUUAUUUCUGGACAUUAUCAUAUUUGUUAUAGUGCAACUCCAGUUCUAAAAAUUCUGAUUAAAAAAACAUAUUGGAUCAUUUAAACCCUGUAUGAAGUGCAAAGAAAACACAUCAUAUGAAUUAAUUUGAUUGUUAUUUUUUUCUAAAAACGUGAACCCAUUUUGAAUUUGAUGUCAGCAACAUAUUUGAAAAAAAUCAAGACAAGGACAAUAAAACACUGACACAAUAAAACACUCCCAUAGGAACAUUUCCCAAUCAAUCAAGUUGAUUUUCAGCCGGUUUGUAGCAUGACUGGUGUAAAAAGGUCCUUCCAGAGAGACUGAGCCUCACAGAAAUAUACAAAGAUACAAAAAAGUUCAACACUCUCCGUUAGACUGUGUGAAAAAAUAGCGCAGCAAUUUCAAAAUAAAGUGUAGUUACACAGAAAUAAGGGAUGUUAGGCGGCUGGGAUCAAGUAUCUGGCAAGAAUGUGACAGCAUUUCACCGUCUAAGUACCCAAACGUUAACAGAGCGAGUGCAACACAACAGGAGUGUUUCUGUCAUCAGAUUUAAAAAAAUUUUCAUAAAACAGUCGAAUAUUUCAGUUUUUUGCAUUAAUUUUACUUAUUGAUUGAAUAGCACUGGAUAUAUUGACUUAAUCUGAUCCAACGUUAAGUCAGCUGUCACACUCGUCUUCCUCUUCGUCAUCUAACUUCUACAUACAGCAUCUUAUAGAGUGAGGUAAUUGCCAAUUUGUUUACUCUCUGUUCUCGCCCCACUGCUUUUUUAGAUCAGGGGGUUUAUCCAUGUCCACAAAGUACCAAUGAAAGCCAAACACAGGAUGAGUCUGUUUACUUGUUUUUACCUAAUUUAUGUGCACUCCUUCGACUCGGCUAGGUUUGAAAGUCUCUUGGGUUUUGCUGUCAUCUACGGUGCAUGAUGUUUCACCACAGGCCACCCUUACUUACAGCUGCUCAGAGGGGGAGACAGCACCGCAAUACGUGUGCAGCAAAUGCCCUGCCAGCAAAAGGCCAACAAAACUAGACCAAUCUAUUAUUAAUGUUGCCCAAACAAAGAUGUGCUGAUGACAGGAGUAAAUACCCAGUGGAAUACAGUUCAUUCAGGGUACGGUGGCAAAGAUGCUGCAGGAUUCCUCUUAAAGGACCAAACUAUGUCCCUCGAGACAACAAAAGGCCACAAAGAAUACAGAGAGGUUGUUCAUUAUCAUGCUGCGAUACAAGAUGAAGAAAGGAAGAAUAGAUUAAAAAAUAACUAUGGUGCAUGUAGGUAUUUUCAUAAACUUUAAAUGAAUAUUUUAAAAACAGACUGUGUAGCAUUUGAACUGAGCACUGCACUGCUCUGUUGAGAGGUAAAGGAUGGAUGUCAGGGGUCAAUAAAUCUUGGUUCGAAACAGGCUGUAGGCAAAAAGCUUCAGUUCUCUUAUUACUUUCCUUCAUCCAUGAUCUGUAGGUGCCCUUAAGCUUUUGUUGUUAUUUUGAGGCUAUGCAUAGAUUUGAACACCGGGUGGAGCUGUAGCACCAGGGAAACGAACAAGAUGUUGUCAGUGUUCAACAGAGAGUAAUAUGAAUCAUAAGGAAAAACUGGGUUUGUAUGUCAUCGUGGUAGUCUUGUAAAUCUUUAACAUGUUGUGCCUUAAACUCUUACCGUUCUUUGGCCUUUAAUGCUCUGGAAAAAGGCCCAGAUGUUCCCCUCAUCUCGCCGUCUUUACAACCCAGCUGCACACAGAUUCAGAGGACUAUGAGAUACAGUUGAGCAAGUUAAUUUGCUCAUCUUCCACGAGUUGGGCUUUUAUUUUUAUCUCUUGGUUUGGAGUCAGGUCUUAAAAAAGUAAAGACACCUACACCUUCCACACACCCCCCCCCACUGAAACACAGCUUCUCUCCUUUUGUAAAAGCCUGAGAGCUGAGAGGAUGGGGCCUAUUGUCAUGAUGCAAGAUUAACCAUGAGCUGCUGAAGUUAAUGAAGGUAAUGAUGGCUGUUAGAGCAGCUAAUUGUCCUGCCGUGUGUAGAGCUCUAGUGAGUGAGUUUAGAAUUGGUCCCUGUGUUCUCUUGUGAUUUAGUCAUUUAGUAAUAUCACAGUUAUACCCUGUGGUUUUACUGUUUGAAGUGUCCUAGCAGCUGAAAGUUUCCUUCUUUAGAGGGUAUUUGUUCGUAGGGCUGGGCGAUAAACUGAAAAUUUACAGAUACUGAAAGUUACGACAAUAACUGACGUCAUUUUGCUCAUAUCGGUAUAUUCUGUGUCAAAUAUAUAAAUAAAAUUUGGUCCCUUUAAGACGCUGUCCUAUGUCGGAGACGUGACUCUACCCCCAUCCAGUCCAUAACAAAGAGGGAAAGACAGGUGAGGAGAUGGAGGACGGUUCAGAAGUUGAAGUAGCUGAAGUCGACAAAGUUAAUGUGGGAGGGGGUGAGCAGCUUGUGGAGUAGUUAUCUUUCAUUUAUCGUUAUCGAGGUGAACUGCUCAAUAUAUUGUGACAUUGAUUUGAGGCCAUUUCGCCCAGCCCUAUUUGUUAGAUAGAUAGAUUAUCUUAUAGAUUAUUUUGUUUUACAGUUGGCCAAUAAAACUGCUUGAUUAGAAAAAUGUGCUACCAUGGCUCUGUUGCUGGCGUGUCUCUGCUCUUGGUCUGUUUUCUCGCACCUCUUUCUUUCUCACAAUGUUCAGCUCUCGACACUAUCUGAUUGCUUGACAUCACACGAUUAUAAUUAUUAAUCCCAGUAUAUAUGAGGUUAAAUAUUUCAGCAGAGUUUUGUGUUAGAGUUUGUGAUAAUGAUCUGUAUGACCAACUAUCGGCUGUCCCCUAAUGAAACCCAUAAUGGAGGCGAAUAUUAAAGUCAGGAUACAUGGUCAGCCAGAGGCUCACAUGGGGACUGGAGGAAAUGGUUUUCCUGCUGUAGUUGGUGGGGGUUGCAGAAAUAAAGGGUAGUCACAGAGCUGACAUGUAGAGUAUGCAGGACAUCUUAAGAGUUAAGCUCUCUCUGGCUCUCCUCGGUUAUCCCUGUCAUAGUAAAUAACCAGUUCUAUGGAUUUGUCAGCCCUUCUCUUAACAUGCCCCAAAGCUGCUGCAGCAAACUAUUGCUUUAAUUAUAAAAGCUGCAUAUGUUUGCAACAUGUCAGUGACCGUUUAAUAUGUUUGGCUGCUCUUAAGGUUCCCAUGUAGUAUGUACAUUUAUUCUUUUUACUCUUACCCGUCUAGAACACUGCUCCUAAAUGUACCUGCUUCAACAACAGAGAUGCUCUGCGAUGAAUCCUGUUAUGUUGUUCUAGUCUGUGUGAAAGAUAAGAGCCACAAAGAUCAAAUCUUGUUGGAGCAAUAGCACAGAACAAAACAGAAGCAUAUUAAAGGUAGAAGCCUUUUAUUGAGAAGAUAACGUUUGUGUCAAGGAGAUACUAACUUUAAUAUUUAAUAUUGAGCUUUUAUGUUAUCACCACCUGUUGCCUUUUUUUCCCUUUAUGUGUGAUAUUUUAUUCCAAACAGAAAAUAUCACUUCAUCCUGACUGAGUGUGUUGUCCCAGCAGCAGAGAUCUUCUUCGGAGCUUCUUCAUGUAGCUGUAGUCAGUCGUGUUUGUUGUUCUUGUCCUAGCUUAUGUGUUAGUCUGAGUCAGUCUAUCAGUCUAUCAGUGAAGCAGAUCAUUCAUUUACCUGGUAUUGAUGUUUGUCUUUGUCGGCGUACACUUGGAUUGUAUCUGGGAAAACAAGCACAUGUAAUUGUUCGGCAAAGGCGGCAUAACCACAGGCUACAUUUGCAUGUGAAUCAUAAACACCAUUUAUAAACAUACUGCAUUAUCCCAGCAUGCCAGCGUGCGCUCAUUGUUUGCAGACAUUCUUAAAUCCGUGACUUUCUCUGUAUUCAACAAAGAUAAACUCUGUGUUUUGUUUGUCUGUGUGUGUGUGUGUGUGGUCAGUGGGUCUCGGCUGCUGCAGCCAGCGCAGGUGUGUGACGUGCUGAAGGGCCUGAUCCUGGUGCUGUGCUUCUCCAUGAUGCAUUAUGUCGACUACUCCAUGAUGUAUCACCUGAUCAGAGGACAGUCUGUGAUCAAACUCUAUAUCAUCUACAACAUGUUGGAGGUAACUCACAUGGAAACACUCACACCAGAUAUGUCACAUGUAAUUGUAGAAUAACUGUCAUCAAAGUCAGUGCAUAUACAGUCUGUUCUUGACAAAUGCUAAUGAUGCAUUGCACUCUUUCAAAUAAUUUUGGCAACAUGAAAUAAAUAAAUAAAAACUUCUUCUGAAUUCUUGUAAUCACCCUCUUUGACAGACUGACAGGCAAUUUUCCCCCCGAGCUUGUUAGUGUCUCUCGCCUUCACACUGUGUCCCAAGACACAGCAGCAUUAAAGAAAAUGUUUGCCACCUGACACUGGAAGAACACCUGUAGCCUCCUUUUUGCAGAUGUUGAAGCCUCUGAUAACGAGCCAGUUCUAUUCACUGCCCCAGAUUUCUUCCACUUGACAGGAACAUUUCGCUGGCUGACUACAAAAUUCUCGAUGUUUGAAAAGAUUGAGGUGCAAUAUUUGCAAGAGUGUAUUUGAUGGAGUUAGAGCCCACUCUCUUUGGACUUCAUGAGAAGAAACGUAAACAGUAGUUAGCCUUAGCUUAGUUGACAGCUUGAACAGGGGGACUGGUGUUAUAGAGAAAGUAAAAAAGCCUAGAAUACCAAACAUACUUUUUCCUUUAAAUCAUAUAUUCUCAACAGCAACAUAGUGCAUGGAGCUGAUGGUGUUGCAUAGCUGCAGAACAUAAAAAAGGCUUACAAAUGGUUAAAUAUGCUGAAUAUUAACACAAGAGGCUCAUAAAAAUCAUCAGUGGGCGUGUUGUUGUUCAGAGCAUGGGUCAAAAUACAAAAGUGCUGCAACAAAAGAACUGCAGAGAAAAAUAUUCCAGACUCAGAGUGUGUGUCCAGCUUUCUGCAUAAUGGUUCUUAUUGAGAAAAAUAAGAAUGUCAACAUGAUUGUUAGUCCACUGCACGACCAGGUCAGAAUUAAUCCACUCAGGCAGGAGAAAACACGCUCAGAUGGUUCUGAUAUUGGUAUGCAGAGACACUGGCGGCCCAGCUUAACCAGUAUUAGAUUUAUUAGUAUUAGCUUUAGGGAUAGUGCCAUGUUAAAAGUUGUCUAUAAUGUCAGGUCUGGGGCUGUUGUGUAUUACUGACCCCCCUAAAAAAGCCAUUGCAGGGCUUGACUGCAGGACCCAGCUGAGUGUACUCACCUGUCACAACACCUUCAGACAGAGGCUUAGCAGCUUAAACCUGCUUUAAAUUAAAUACACCACCCUCAUAUGAGACUGUGCAUUGAUUAUUUAUUCCUGAUAGAAAAUCUUAAAAUCUUUGUGAUCUUCUCUGUCAUUCCUCUGUAAGGUGGCCGACCGCCUAUUCUCCUCAUUCGGUCAAGACAUCCUGGAUGCUCUCUACUGGACGGCCACCGAGCCCAGAGAACGGAAACGAGACAGUAUAGGAGUCAUCCCUCACUUCAUCAUGGCUGUCUUUUAUGUCUGUAUCCUUCCUGUUCGAACCUACAGCAGAGAGAUGUUAUGUGUUUUCUCACUUUCCGGCAUUUGACAGAUGACAUGAUAUGAAAUUACUCUACCAUUAAAAAAAAACUCAUUUGUAAAACAUGUGAGCUUUCUGUUUCUGCUGGAAAAGAUAAAUGAAGCUGCUGUUUCAUUACUUUGUGAAAAUUAACCGUAAUGAUGUACGGUUUGAUUUUCCUCCGACAAAAGCAAAAAGUGGGUAAUUUUUCAUAUUUGCUUCUAUAAAUCAAAUGAACUUAAAAUAACCAUAUUAGUGUCAGCCUGGUCAGAAGCUGACGUGUUUCUCAGACCUGUGGUUUUCAGCAGGUGGUCUAAGGAAGUUUGAUAUUCACUCAGUUUCAAAAGCUGUUUCAGUCAUUUGUUUUCCUGAAUGAUUGUCGGUCAGUCCUCCACUCCAUCCUCAUCAUGGUCCAAGCCUCCACUCUGAACGUCGCCUUCAACUCACACAACAAGUCUCUGCUCACCAUCAUGAUGUCCAACAAUGUAAGGCAAACACCCGUUACCACAGACUAUCCGAGCCCGACUGUGAUUACUCAGGACAUUCACGUACAUAAUUUCAAUGCGGAUCUUUCCUUGUAAAUUACACUUGGCACAUGGAUGAUGAAAUGCCACUGAUGCAGCUGCAACCAGAUUGUUUGUUUUAUACUAACUGGAUCAUAAACGCUGCUAACUGCGUUUGUUUCUUUGUCCCUCUGUUUCCUCACACACAGUUCGUGGAGAUCAAAGGAAGCGUGUUCAAGAAAUUUGGGAAGAACAACUUAUUCCAAAUGUCGAACAGUGGUAAGAUAUUCAGCGUCAAAUCAGAUAUAACACUUUAAUGUAAAUUUAUAGAUUCAUUAUUAAUCAUUUAACAUGUUGGAAAAGAGGAGGAAGACACCGCCGCCGCUAAAAUAAAUAAAUAAAUGAAUGGAUUAAGAUAAAAAAUCCAGAGCUGUUGAAAUUAGUGCAUUUUGUUUUGUUUCCCUUCUGGUUUGAUGUUGUCAGCCUGCACAGAAUUAACAUUUGCAUAAAUUAAAAACUUGUAUGAAUAUUCAUGGACUCUAAAUGUCUCAGUCUCCAGGAUCCAUGAUUAUCAUUUGCUGCAUUCACUCAUCGCUGCUCCGCUGUUACAAAAAGAGAAAACUUUGUUGCAAAUGGAGCUUUUUUUUUUUGUCACACAAACAGUUCUACAGUGAAAAAUCAAAGUCGAUCAUUUUCAAUCAAACCCUGCCAUUAUUGAACUGCAUUGAUUAGUUUGAAUUUUCCAUGAAUGACGAUAGAAAGAAAGGAAGAAAAUCCUCAGACAGACUUUGGCUGAACAUAUUGUGCUAACCUGACCUGACAGCAUUGUCAGUGUUAAGCAUCAAACUAUAGAGAAGCAUUCAGCGCAAUUUUGGCAGAUGGGGUUCCUCCUGUUCACACAUUGUGAAUAGAAGAAUGUGAGUGUAUCCAUUUGGCUCUCCGAAUAGAGAUAUUAAAUGUAUUGUUCAUGUUCCCUUUGAUUCCCUGAGGCAGUAGGCUUUAUCUGUGUCACACUUAUUGUAUUCUAAUGACAGCAGAAGAGAAUAAGCUUUAAUCAGCUGCCAUUCCCCUCCCACUGCUCGCUCACAUCUUGGAAGAUUUCCUCCUUAUGAGGCUGAGCAAUGGCACUAACUAGCGUGGCAUUAUCAGCACAGAUGAUUACAUGGUAAACGUUUGCAGCUAUGUUUUGAAUUAUAGUAAAUGGAUGUUUUGAGCGCACGAUAAAGCCAGUUCAAUGAUGCUGCUUACAGCACUGACAAAUGUAAAACCUUCCUUCACACCUUUAUCACCACCUGUGUAAUCACAUAACUGCUGUGCAGGGAAGCCAGAUGGGAGUGAAAGUUUCUGUCAACAUGUUUUGAAUGUUAAUGCUUCAUAUCUAACUUUUACUGUUGUUGUGAGAUUGUAAUUUCAGAAUUGUUGAUUUGAUCAUGCAGAUAUCAAGGAGAGGUUCACCAGCUACGUCCUGCUGUUGAUCGUCUGUCUCAGGAAUAUGGAGCAGUUUGCAUGGAACCCAGGUAAUUAUCUGUUUUUCUCCUAAAGCAAAUGUCGUCAGACAGCCUGCUGUCACAGGGUUGUUCAUCAUUGUUUCAUCAUUGUUUUUGAAAACUCCCAGUGCUGAUCAUGGUAGAAAUUCAAUUAAAAUACGCUGAGCUGCUUCUUUCCUCCUGCUUGGGUUUUGAGUUGACCCACUGCUCUACCUUGGGAAUCGUCUUGUCACAAACUUCAGUAAAAUGCAACAGAGCAGUGUGAAGGAUAAAAGCAGGGCGUUUCUGUGUGACAGCCCUCUGAAAACAGUCAUCUCCUCCUGCCAGUCUCAAAAACCCCGCACACAGUAGAUGACAGAUGUAGCCUGUCAGCUGAAAUCAUUACACUGAUGUGCUAAUACUGGCAGAAUAACUACCUUCUGUUGCUAAAGACGUAUACUUAUUACAAGUCACCGGUAAUUUACUUAUACUCCAUGCUGCAUUAGCGGUGAGUGCACUUCUUUAUUCACACAGCAGAGGAGCAAAAACCCCUGCUUAACAUUUUAAAGUUCAGAGAAUGUCCCCUGUAUCCUGUAGCUUUUCUGCAAAGGCUUCAAACUGGCGGUGCUUGGUUAUGUUUUGCUGCUUUAUGAUACUUGCUCGCACACCUACAUGCUUAGAACAACAGUUUUUGUUGAGCUGCCUUUACCAAGUGCUCCUGUGAUAUCAUUGUGGUUAUAAAGUUUUAAAAAUUUAUAGUUGGAAAUAGGGAUGGGAACCGGUUCGAAAUGGUUCAAUCCAUCGACAUCAUUUACAUCUUAACUUAACGAUUCCCGUAAAGAUUCCUUUCUUCCGGGUGCCUUGAAAAACGGUCUUGCGAGAGCCAGUCUACGCGAAUGGGAACAGAGACAGAGGGAAAAAAAAGGCGGACGGUACGAAAAGUUGGCAGAAAUGAUCUAAAGCGUGGCUUAAUUUAUUAAGAAAGACGACAACAGUGCAACGUUUGUCAAGCAGUGAUAACAUGCAGAGGUGGCAACAUUGGGCAGGGCAUUAAAUAUAAGGAGUCAGAUGUAUGCGAUGCUCUCAGCUGGUUGUCAGUCGCUGCAGCUCCAUCUCAGCACGGCAUUGAAGGUACGUAUGUUAGAGUGACCAUACGUCCUCUUUUACCCGGACAUGUCCUCUUAUGGGGGGCUGUCCGAGGGGAGGUUAUAAAAACCUUAAAAUAUCCGGAACAUGUAUUCAUUCAUUAUGAAACAGUGCAGAGCAUCAGUGCUCUCUGCAGCUCUGCCCCUCUGCUCACGUCUAUGCAAAGCCACUGACACGACACACGCAUGCACUGUCAUUGAGAAUUCUAAAUAUGCUUUUAACUGAGUUAGAAGCACAUAAUAAAAAACACUUGACCAAACCCAAAAAAACCACUCAGAAUUUCCCACACAAGCCUGCCCAGUGUAGUAGUGUCCUCUUUUUGGGGAGUCAUAAAAUGGUCACCCUAACGUAUGUCCUGUGUUAACGUAAGCUCAAUGCAUGUCAGAAAUGCUGCACAAAUAACAUUUUUAUUUGAUUAUUUUUAGACUCUCACUGAAGGUGGCGUACAUCUUUUUCUGUUAUCAGAGACUCAAUAAAAUUUUGAGUUAACGAUCAAAACCUACAGUCUCCUUUUUUUUUUUAAAUUUUUAAUCAAAGAAAGGCAUUGAUAAGGGAAUCGUUAAAGAAUUGAAUCGAUAAGCAGAAUCAAUAAUAAUAAUAAAAUCUUAUCAAUUCCCUAGGUGGAAAAAACACAGGUAGCCAAAUUAGGGUCGCUCUGACUUGCAUUAAACUUGCAGUUUUCACCACAAUGUUUAUUUUUGUUGUCGUCUGAUGAUUGACCAGAGAGCACUUUGUCUUGUUUCUUUUUUUUUUGUGGUGAAAAUCAAGUUUCUCGUGUUGUUUUCCCCUUCAGAUCACUUGUGGGUGAUGUUCCCGGAUGUUUUCAUGGUUGUUACCUCUGAAGUUGUCGUCGACAUCAUAAAACACGCUUUCAUCACCAAAUUCAACGACAUCACAGCAGAUGUAAGCCGGAGUCUCAGUGUUCAUUAACUCUUGAGGAGACUAGUUGCACACUGAUGUGUCUUCUCCAGGGAGAAAUGAUUUUGCUUGUCUGGUUUUGCUUUGUCUCCAGGUGUACAGUGAAUACAGAGCGAGUUUGGCCUUCGAUCUCGUCAGCAGUCGACAGAAGAAUGUGAGCUGUCUUUUCUUCCACAAUAACUCUAUUAUACUUGCAGAAACAGCAUUUAGCCUACGCAGCUAAUCAGUGCAGUUUUGUUGAGGUCUGUUAUCUGCUCUCGUCCAUCUCUGUGUAGGCUUGUACAGACUACAGUGACUCAGUAGCUCGGAGGAUGGGCUUCAUCCCCCUCCCCCUGGCUGCUCUGGUAAUACACAUUCAGACAUUAAAUACCAGGACAAUUUUUCAAGUUAAAAGCGUGGAAACAGUACCCAGAACCUAAAAAAAUCUGUGUGUAAGUCUUUAUUAAGCUGAUUCCAAUUUAGUUUGAAUUCAUCAUUUUUUAUUUGUCCUUCAAAUGUUUCACAGCUCAUCCGAGUGGUAAUGAGUUCUGUGAAGGUGCAUGGAGCUCUUUCAUACACGUGUGUGUUCCUCUUUUAUCUUGGGUAAGUCCACUGCAGUUGCACUCCUGAUGUUGAUAUUACUGUCUUAUUUAACAAAGCCCUACCUUUGCUGAAAAUGUGGUCAACCAUCGGUUAUUACAUAGCUGUAUUUGUCAUUUAUGAUGCAUAAUAAUUAUUGGCAAAUUUUGCCGUCAAAAACGUGUAUUACAUAUUUACAUUCUUCUGUGCACAACCGCCAUUCUCCUCUGUUUUUGUCUCCCAGUUGAUGAAAUCCACACAGCUACUCACUAAAUACAAAAAGGCUCAAUAUUAACAGUUGAUUCAUCUAGUGCCUCAUGCAGAUGGCAGCCUCCAUGGAAGAUCUGCUUAGAUAGACAAAGAUGUAACAGGCUCUUUCUAACUCACUAAAAACGGUUAUAGUUUAUAUGUAGGUGAUUAUACACCAAUUUAAAUAGGCUUUAAAUUCUCCAUUUCUACAAGGUCUGUUCUAAAUGCUGCUUACUACCACACACUGCACCUUUAAUUACAUGUGUGCUUCUUGUCUGUAAUCUUAUGUAAAAGAGGUGCAGACUACUGCUGUGAUUUGAGGCUGUAACUGAUUUUAAUUUCACAUAAAUGCACAUUAAGCUUUUGAUAAGGCGUUGUAAUUCUUAUCCACUUUGUAAAAAAUAAUUCGAUUAGCGACAUUUUUGUAAGCUCAAUUAUUCAGUUACAUAUCAGUGAAGAGAUAUUUGAGUGCUGUAUGUUUCAAACACGCAGAGUAAGGCACUCAGUUUUACAUGUUCUUACACAUAAAUAUGCUUGCGGGGUCUACUGGAUGCACACUUACACAUGCAGGGACUGUCAUAAGCAACAUGCAGAUCCGGACACACGCAGUUACAUAAGCAUUAAGACUGUGCCCUCACAUUCUCCCUGUGCUGCUGAGCUGCUGAUAGCCUCGCUCCUUCUCAUUUGCCGGAUCCCGUUGGUCUUGUACCGUUGAAGAGAUUCCCUCAGGGUGAAGAAUACAAUGUUGUCAUCUCUAGUGCCAUCUCUGGCCUUCCCCACCCCCUGAUUUAAAAAUAGCUCCGGUUAGCACAGACCGCUGUGCCUUGGCAAAGAUUCAGCUGUGCUGAGUCUCUCAGUCCGAAUCGCCCUGUCACAGCGAGUGGUGGUCCACAGACCCAAAUGUGUCCAUCUUUUUCUCAUCACGGUGACAGAGGCCAGCCUUAAAGCGAAGCCCAGAAACACAGAAGGAUGGUGCACAUCAACAUCCCGGUGUCAGUGCUGGGAUGUGAAUAGUGGCGAUUGAAACCAGAUGGUAGAGGAGACUCAUUAUAGCUGUGGCCCAGCUCAUGACAGCACUGUGAUAACUCUACUGAAUCUUAGCACUGAACAUGAAAGAUUCUCAGCUAUCAUUAUCUCAUAAUCUUCUUUAUUUUUAUAAAUAGUUGUUAAAAUAAUUGCUAAUUAACUGUACAUCUUAAUGUUGAUUACAUCAAGCAAACAGACAAGUAUAAGAAAAAUCCUUUUUAGUCCAUCACAGAGGCAACAGCAGAGAAGUUCAUCUGAUAAUGUUUGUAUGUGACACUUCUUUCAGUUAGGAGUGGAGCUCUCCUAACAGCAGUCUUCUCCCUCUGCAGGCUGGUCUCACUGAAAGUGUUGAACAGCAUUGUGCUGCUGGGGAAGUCGUGCAUUUACGUCAAGAGAGCCAACAUGGAGGACAAACUGUUUGAGAGGCCCACUACAUCCACAUCCUCCUCGGAGAAAAGCCCUGACCAAGCUGAAGACAGGUGCCCCCAACCUUCAGGUAAAAAACAAAAUAAAACUCCUUUUUUUUGUUUUUUUGAGAACUCAGGGUGUCGAGAGGCUCCUUUUUUUGGACAAAUAUGAGGCUCUAGUGAAAGAGCAUAGAAGAUAGAUGGAUGGACUGAGAGAUUUGAUUGAUUGAUUUCUAUUUCUUGCAUUUGAUGUAUCACUACAGUCACUACACACGUGCUUUGCGGUUGGGUUCAGGGUUAGAGAUUUGAAACCGUGAAAGGAGUUAGUUGAUGAAUCACCAGAGAAUUAGCGGCUGAAUCUGCAGCCUUAUAAAGAUUAAUACUAAGUGUCUUGUCAGAACCAAGCAGCUCAAUUUGAGAUAAGUUCUAAGAGAGUAGCUUUAAAACAUGGCGGAAAUUUCACGGCUGCUUUGCUAUUCUGCCCGCAGAUCAGCCUUGAGUUGGCCUUUUGAAAGAUGAUAUAAGAGCAUAAAAAGUCGGAUAUACAAGUUUUGAGACAUGUACAGCUUUUACAUACAUACAUUAUUUAACGAUCUCCAAAUAUAAAGCGGGCGCAUUAUGCAUUGAAAUGUUAUUGUGCGCUCAUAUCUUCAGCAUGAAAAACUCUGAGAGCUAGCAGGAACCCUCAGCUGGAGGUCAUUAUACAGAGUGAGCACAGCAGUUUGAUUUUAGAUCUAAAUACAGGAACUAAAAAUAAUCAUGUAAAUUUUUGAAGCUGAUGUGCAAGAAAAAAAAACAGAAUUUCACAAAAUCUUCUAAUCAGAGAACUUUGGUGGAGAAUUUUCUACACAUGUAACAUUUUAAAAAGUGUUGAGACCUGAGAGAGGAUUCUAGUAGUUCUCAGGAAAAAAAAAUCCAGCAAAUGAGACGUCCUGGGAUUUAAUCUUUCUUAUGAAUAAUGCUGCAUGUUGCUCUCUCUGCCUCCCACUCGCUCACUGAUCUCUCUUGGCGCUCUGCGGUUCGAUAGACUAUGUGUAAUAAAACAGAAUUGUUUCACAAUCAUCAAAAACACACAAAGAAAAAACGGCUCUGUAUUAGUUUAGAAUUGAAGAUGGAGAUAGUCUUAAAAAUCAUAUUUAAAUACUUCUGGGUGUCAAAUUCCUGUGUCAGUCCAAAACAUCUUCAAGCUUACUGAACUGCUCCUACCUUGGGUUUAUCAGGUCCAUUUUUAGGCAUUAAGCUGACACUUUAAUUUGCAUUUCCGGGCAUUUAGCUGAAACGUGUUUCUAGACAGAUGUGUCAGAGCAGGUGGGAGCUCAGUGACCAGAUUCAGUCUGUGCUAUCGUUUAUCAAGAAAAGAGAAAUUAGUUUGACUAAUUAUCAAGUCUGAAAAAACAACUCAGGAAAGUUGGGAGAAAUACUGAAACCGGGCCAGCAAACUUGAUAUUUUGACAAGAAAGAUCGAGCCAGAUGGAGUAAAAUAAUGAAUCUGCAGCUGGAAAUGUGAUAUAAAUCAUUGAUAUUGUGUUUUUGGUUGUUGUUUUGUUUGUGGUAAUCUCUGACAUAUGGAGUUGUCAGCUUAUAAGAAAAACACCCCCUCUGUCUGUAUACAUAAAUUUUAUUGAAUAAUAAUAAUUUAAUUUCAGUGAGUUAGCUGUCCAAAUUAUAAACAUUAAGUGAAUUAUUGCAACUGAGGAUUAAGCUCUGUGUCAGCACUAGCUUUAUCCUGUCAAAAUAAGAGUGAGCUGGUAGAAAACAAAUCAAAGGUGGGCCAUUUUGACUGUAGGUAGCCUCGAAGCUAUAGAACUGGAUUAGUAUCUCACAGUAUAGGGUUCAUAGUGAGGCCACUAGUCCUCCACCAGGGGAAUUUAGGAUUUUGAUAAACAUAUAUAUGCAGCAUUUGUGGUGGAUAUUUAAUAAUUUAAAAGGAAAAUACCAAACUGCUUGUUAUUGCUGUUGAAAAAAUAAACUAAUGUAGAAAGUUCACCUUCUAGAGUUGAUCACUGUUAAUAGUGAAAGACAGAGUGAAAGCUGUCUCAUAUGAACAACAUCCUAACGUCAUUGAUCUGUGGUAUUGUGGUGCAAGUUAUAUAAAAUCCAGUGACUAACAAAGUCGUAUAUGUCUGUGAUAUAUGAGUGUAGUCUAGACCUGCUCUUGUUGCAAUCGUCUUGGGAUAACGACUAUUGUGAUUUUGUGCUAUAUAGAUAAAAAUUGAUUGAUAUUGGUUGAUUGAUAUAUGCUGCAAUUCUUCAAAUAUCAUAAUGGUAUUCUGCACAAAAUGUUAGGGCUGGGCGAUGUGGCCUCAAAUCAAUAUCAUGAAAUAUUGAGCAGUUCACCUCAUUAACAAUAAAUGGACGAUAACUACUCCACAAGCUGCUCACACCCUCCCACAUUAACUUCGUCUACUUCAGCUGCCACUCCAGCCGCUGCAACUUUUGAACCGUCCUCCAUCUCCUUGCCUGUCUUUCCCUCUUUGUUACAGACCAUAACCUCUUUGUUAAUGAGACCAUAGCCUACCUACCUACACGCAUCCAAAACCAACUUUUAUUUAUUUAUUUUUUUGACACCAAAUAUACUGAUAUGGGCAAAAUUACAUUGGUUAUUGUCGUAGCUUUCAUUAUCUGUAAAUUUUUGGUUUAUCGCCCAGCCCUACAACGUGUAAUAAGAGGAGGAUGGUUCUUUGAUAGUAACCACCCCAUUUUCAUUUGGACUCUGGUGGAUGAUUUGUUAUUGACGUUAAAGGUAACCCACUAAUCUGUUCAUUAUAGGCCUGUAAUCGUGUCUCUAAUAGUGCUUACUAUGUGAGUGUUUUUCACUGCUGUCAAUGAUGUUUUCUAGUGUUUUCUGAAGCCGCUCAGUAUGAUUAUACACCCUCUCUGCAGGAAAAGGUGUUAUUUGUUGUUUUCUUUAACAGUGUUUGCUAUUAGUAAUCAAACAGAAGUUUUGUUUUCAAUCAGCGCCCUGCCUUACAAAUACUUACAUAUAUAGAGCAGAUAUCAGCGUAGGGGCUGGAGGCGGAUACAGAUGAAAAGAGACACUUUCUUAUGCUUGUGUUGAUAAGAAACAAAGGCAUGUGCUCCUAAAGUACAGGAAAAACACACCCAGACAAGUCAUUUGAAGUACUUGGCUGAGAUAAACAAUGGAAAAAGUUUGUGGCUGUAGUUAAGUGAUCAACAGGCUGUUUGGCCAACAACUGGAAGAGGCAGGAACACCUUAAAGUGAAAAGUUUAGAUUUAAACAAUAUGACACCUUUAUAUGGUGUAAUUUCUUUGAUUAAUAAAAAUGGUUAAAGCAGUAUGUCGCUUAAUUUAUACUUUUAUCCCAGCUGCACUUAAGAUUUCUGCUUUUCUACAAAUUAAUGUAAAUCACAGGAUUCAAAACUUGUUAAAGGGAUAGUUGUAGGUGUAACAUGUUCUGCUAAUCCCACACAAACUUGUGAAUGCUUCAGCUUAGUGAUGAAUAUGUAUGCCAAUUUGCACUGAUUCCUCACUGACACUGUAAAUUACUUAAAAAUUAAUCAUGAACUCAAGCCUCUUCAGACUUUGGAUGAGGUUGUGUCUUUGAGACCAUCAUUUUUGACAGAUCUAAAAAACAUAAAUCAGCAGCAAGCAGACGGUCCAACGUUCAACUAUUUACACAUGAAUAGAUCUAUUAACAUUCAUGUGAAUUUCUUAACAACCUGUGAAAAAAAGGCCCUCUCUCUGAAGCACCCAGACAAUGAAACACAGAUUUGGAGGUGGCAGUAUCUCCCUGUCAUCCACAGCCAAAUCCCUGCAGAUCUUUUCUGCAUGUGCGCCUCAGACCCGCCUGCUGCGCUGAGCCAGGAGCUUUAAAAUGACAAAGAUCCUGAUGGUGCAUCAUGUCAUAUCAAACAUCAAAGCUCCUGCCAGUGCAAACAAAUCUGGUUUUCUCAGAAAGCGGCAGAUACAAGGCUUAAGGCGCUCUGCUCCUGCACAUCCCAGAAUUAUUCUUAGAGGAGAAUUAAUGCAAGUCUCCUUCUGCUUUCCACAUAUUCAGCAGCUAGGAUCUCAACCAGCAACCUUGCAUCACAUGCUAGCUGUUCUGACAUUAAAAUGCCCGGUCUGUGCCUCGAGGUUCACCUGCUGCUCCAGUGGGUUCACUGCACACUCAAGUUCAUCUGCACUUCUUUGUCUUUAUGAUGAUCUGUAUUCACAUUGCACUGGCUUUGCCAUCUGUCUAUACUGCAUGUUAUUGUCCAGAGGGCAGAAAUGGGUAAUGAGGGCUGUCCCAUCAGCCAUUUCAAGCCCCAUAUGGUGGCAAACUUUCACUAAAAUUCACAUAUCUACCAGGGAAACACUCAAGUUCAUGCUCAGAGUGAAAAAUAUCUCUCCCUCAUCUUUUUGGAAUCUUUUCUCCCCCCUAAGAACUUUUUAUUUACUCACAAGCUGGUUGGUAACUUUGCACACCUGCUGCCUCAGUCUGGACAGAUAUUGUAAAGUUGGUUUAUCAAAGCUUUCUUAGAGAGCACAGUGUGUAGUAUUAGGUCUCAGCAGAACAGAUUUGGUAGAAAUAAAACAAUAGUCCUAAUUAUGUCUAAAUGAGUGAAUAAUCACCUGAAUUUGACUCGUUUUAUUUUCGUUUGCUCUGAGUGAACCUUCUUAUCACACUCUAAGAAUGAGUCUUUCAUAUCUAAAAGGAUCCAGAUUAGUUAUGCAUCACAAGAGUUUCUUGUCCUCUAAGGCCACUGUUACUUACAUAAGUUCACCAGCAGGAGGGGUGUGCAAGGGAGCAUUUCAAUCUGGAAUCUGACAGCUUCAUAUCACUACAUAUUCUCAUUUCUAGUAUAGAGCACUGAAGCUGCCAAAACAAAGUGAAACCACUCUACAGCGAGUCCAACUCUGAAUCUACUGUGUCCUUGCAAGAAUGUUUACCUGAUUUAAAAAAAAAAUGAGCAGGAUACUGAAAUGUUCUUAUCUGGUCCUUGGAACAAAUUAAAGUGAAGAUAAGGAGGAAAUAGAGCUGGAUGAGAAAUGUUUGUUCCUGUUUAUUUACUGAGUAUCAACAGCACGCCUUUUUAUGAAUUCCACUCUGAUUCACUGCUGAAUUAUUCAAACAGAACCUGGAGGUAAUACAACACCUCAGCCUGACGUUUUCUAAUACUCAGCUGACCUCAGAUGCCUGCUUUCAUGGUCUGUAUGAUAUUUGUAAUGCUUUUGAGAGUCUUAUUAAAACACUCUAUCUGUGUGCUCAGUGGGUUGCGGUAGCUCUGUACAGUAAAGUGUCGGUUCAGCUCUGUCUACAGUAAGAAUUAAAAGUUUGUUCUAGCUCAAUAGCCCCGGGCUGUGCUCCUCUCUAUGGACGGCCUUGUUAAUAUUCCCUCUAAUAUGAUGAAUUAUUCUGUUUGUGUGAUUUUUCUUUUUUAAUGUAAUGCACACUGCGCUCUUAGGCUUUGCAGUGUUUUCUCUGAACGCGGUGAAGUUUUGGUGCGAACCAGCUGUGUUUUCUCAUGUUUUAUGUCAACCUUCUUCUCGGGUCGCGUUUUAUUAUUCUGCCUCUGUGCUGCUUUGAAACAGAGCAGUCAGGUGUGUGUGUGUACACUGGCUGAGUGGAGGAGCAGGCAGGUUGAAUCCCUCCAUGUCAAUCAAGCCAGAACACCUUCACCUUUCCUACAGACUGAGAAUCAAUGCUGGUAGACUGCACAUCUCCUCCUUCCAUACUGCAGGAGAAACAGGAGAAGUUGCAAUUAAGGGGGAGAUGGAAGCAAAAUUAACUUCUAGGACUGGGCAGUGUGGCAAAAAAUAUGAUCGAUAUAUAUUUUGUCAUAUCGCCUGAUCUCAAUUACUAUCACUUUUUUUUUUUAACUGCUGGUUUUAAAGCAUCUGUACUAAAAACUAAAGAAACUAGAAAUUAGUCCAACAUUUUAUUAGCAUACAAAGUAAAUAAAGCAAAUUAAAAAAGAUAAACAUAGAAAAAGAUAGAUAUAUAAAAACAUUUUAUCUCAACAGAACAACAAAAGUAAAUAAAUACUGAAUAAUACAGUGAACUAGUUUACAGUCCUGAGUGUUUUUGCAGGUAUGCAGGACCCAAAAUAAACAAAUUUCCCCCUAAGGGAUAAUGAAGACGCCUUAAAAUGUAAACAUUAGAUGAUGUGAACGUAAAUGAUAUGUUGGUUGCUGCUUUGGUCUGGUAGCUGCACCGCUAGACCAAACUGUUUAUGCUACUCGUGCCGUCAGCAGUGGCAGGCUGUGCAGACUCCGCCCACAUUUUCAUGCUUUCCGCAUAAUCACUCAGAAAGUACUUCUUCAAAUGAUUAAACAGAUCUGUUGUGUUGCCGGUUUGUGAGGGCACCGACCGCCAACAUACCUCACACAUCAGCUAAAUUUUGCGACAUCACUUUGGAGAUACCCAAACCACCGCUACACAACCGACGUUGAGUAACUUUUCUUCUCAACAAUAACAUCUUCAGAGGAUGACUCAAAGUCAUGACUGACAUCUAUUUUGCUGCCCUCAGCUCCACGUUUAGCUCCACGGUCAUUCUGUUUACUUCUCCUGUUUACUUCUUCAGCAACUAAGUGGAGCAGGAAAAGCUCAACUCUCUGAUUGGCUGUUGUCACGCACAUUUUCGCCAUGUUUAAUCGAGUAAAUAUGCCCACAGCCGAUCACCAUAAUCGAACUGAAAUCACGAGCAUAAAUCACGAUCAUAUAAUCGCCCAGUCCUAGUCUGCAGUUACUCCCCGGAGCUCUUGCUGCUAAACUGACAUUCAAAUUCAACUUUAUUUUUAUGGCACUUUUCAGACAAGAAAUGCAGUUCAAAGUGCCUCACAGAGGCUAAAAACAACAAUUAACAACAAUAAAACCCGAACCUCCCACCCAAACAACCACCCAAGGACCCACACGCACACAAAGACACACACCCACCCUCACUCACCCACACAUACACUCACACACACACACACACACACAAGCACACAGAGUGUGAGAUUUUAAGAUAUAUUGUUAAAGAGACAUGGCCUGACACCGAGACAUUACGUGAGGAAAGAGACACCUUUGGGAAACACUGGAGAUAAAAGAUUAAAAAUAGAAAAUGGUAAAAGGAAAGAGUAAAACCUGAUGGACUAAAACAAGAAAAUAAUAUGAAAUGAACAGAGUGAGAGCUCUUUACCGUAUAAAAGGGGUAAAAGAAGUAAAAACCUCUAAGACAGGAGUUCAGAAAAAGACUAAGAACAGAGAUAAUUAAUAAAAUGACAUGAAAUGAACAAUAAGAACUUUGAUUAAAAUGAACAUUUGCAGUAAGAAAAUUAUAAAAAGGCAGGUAGUGAAAGAAUGAUCAACAAUGAUGAUAAACAAUGAUCACCUUUUAACCUUCCUCUUUUUUAUACUGGCGAAAUCUAACAGCUUUUGGUUCUGGCUCCGCAGACAUAGAAGUGAUAUCAAUCUUUCUGUGUUACUCUGCAACAAAGAGUUUAAAGCCAUAUUACCAACAAAUAAUAGAAAUAAAAAGACAAACAAAAAAUCUGGAUAAUUUCUUGUCAUUUUCACAGCUCAUCUAACCGGCUGUGAAUCUGUUUUUAACGACACAAUCAUCUUCACAGACUGAGUCAUUGCUUUCAUUCAACACUGGCCCUCCAAGCGUGUGUAGAUGUGUAAACUAUUUUUAAAUCUCAAGUCUAUUAACUGAAGUGAUUGUUUGGCUCUGAGUUCUGGCAAACACAGUUGACCUACACUCAGCUCGGGGCCUGAAGGCGUCUCGUGUCGUGUAAACAUUGUGUUAAGAGUCAAUCAGCUGCAGUAAACAGGAAGCAGGCUGAGCAACCAAAACGUCACUCACCCAUACAUUCUCUCUCUUUGUCAUUGAAUGUUUUGCUCCACUAUUCUUUGCAGGACAAUCCAAAGUUGAGGAGAUCCCUGCCCCACCCUACAGCCCGCCAUACUCCUCCUCAGUGACCACACAGCCCACCCCCAGGACUGACUUGUUUCCUCCUCCAACCUCCGAUUCCUCUCCUGCCACCCCAGCCUGCCGCCCUCCUACUCCAACACCUGAACCUGAACAAGCUGUAGCAUCCCUCUCCAAAGAAGAGGAGAGGGAGACACAAGAAGACUCAGAGCUGAAGCACAGGACUCCUAAAAAAGACCUGCUGGAGAUCGACCGCUUCACUAUCUGUGGUAACCGCAUCGACUGAGCAGCGGCAGCCCCCCAAUGUAGCGAUUAACCACUCAGGAAAGCCGGAGAGCAAAGGGCCGUUCGGGCUGACUCUCCCGGCUAACAGCAGCAGACAGCUGAGUAUUUAUGAAAGCCAGUGGUGGUACAGUAAGUUAAUGUGAACAUGGACGUUCUGUGUCUGACAAUCCCGCUGCUGCCAAAGCCCGAAGUCAAGGAGUUUGACAAAGAAAACUUCAGCGGGCUGAUAAACAGCAGGAGACAGAGUGUGACUGUGGCAGCCCAGUCGUCACGAUGAACCGUCAGUGUGAGAGCGUGACUCUGUGUGUCUGUUUGGAAGUGUUGGUGUGGUUCAAAGUGAGCAGGUGUGAACGUGUGCGUGCGUGUGUGUGUGUUUAUGAGAGCAGCCUAUGUGUGAGUGUGAGAGCACAUAAGCACUUCCUGUCAGAGCAUCACUGGGACCAGAAGGAGCGGAAAACUUAUCAGUUGCCACAAAACACAAAAUUCCAAACUCAUAAAUUAUAGGAAUACCCGAAAGGUCUUUAACGACUUCAGGUGUUUUCCCUCUCCUUAAAACACUCACUUCAGAAGUAUAAGGUUUGUUUUAACCUGUUGUUUUAACUAAUCAUCCAAUUUAUCACAAAAAUAACAGCUGUCUACACAGAACAUACUGCUGCCUGAACAGCAGAACAGUGAAGUCUGGUAUCGACUCAAAGUUGGAAAGGCUCUCUCUUCAGUAUGAGACUUACAGCCAAAGUUCCCAGACUGAAGGUCAUGACCCACAUAUGACUAAGUAAAACUUAUCUGGAGGGUUAUGUAGACAAAAUAAUGAAUAUUCUGGCAGAAGUUUGUUUUGAGAGGUUAAAAAGCCAAACUGUUGAGGAGACACAGCUGUGAGCAGUCACACACUGGUUAUAUACAGCAGAGGAGCUCAUGCAUUUCUCUCUUUAUAAGUCUUAACCUCUUUGCAACUUGAAUCUGAACUGUUUCGGAGCAUCUUUGUACUUUACACUUUGAGCUUUGAUAGAGAUAUGAAUGUCACUUUUCAUGAGAGCUUGAUGCCGAGCUUUUUUUGUUUACAGGCCAACAGACUCCUUUGUUUGCAGGCUGCAGCCCUCUGCGAGUAAAUUAUAGACCUUUUGGUUAAAGUGUCCAUUAGCUUCCAGUCAAAUGCACUAAAUCACCUGCUUCUCCCAGCUGCUCCUGGAGAUCGACUUUAUAAAAAAAAAACAAUGUGAAGCCAAAAAAGAAACGCUAAAACUGCUGAAAGAUGAACUGCAAUUCUCUUCUUCUAUACGGUACACAAGGCAGCCAAAUCAUUACCCAAAAUAUCCUAUAAUAUCAUGUUUAUCACUGAUAAUUAUUACAUCAUGUUUACCAAGUGUCAUUUCAUUGAUAAUUUGUAUUUAAAGGUACAGUGUGCAGAAUUUGGCAGCAAAUGAAUAUGAUACUCAUAAGUUUUUUUUAACAAAUGAAGUUUUUAUUUACCAAAAAUUAACCUUAUACAUCUCCGUAGCAACAGCCCCUUCAACAGCAUCUUGUGCCGCCAUGUUUCUGCCGUAACACAGAAUUGAUGAACUUGAAACAUACAAAUAAGUUCCUUCUUGUCCUCCAAGGCGGGGAACCGUUUCAGUCUAGUGUCUACAAGAUAUUUCUAAAAAUUUCCGUUUCUGCGCACUGUACCUUUAAAUUCUCAUCCAUGUUCGGAGAACGUUUGCACUGAUGGACCAUAUUGUCUUAAAUGUGAUGGGUCACGUUUCUCAUUUGACUCAAAGGUAAUGUUGUAAUGUUUACAUUGUAGAAUAGAGAAGCAAUACUUCCUCAACAAAAUGCCUUUUUGCAUGCGUGUUUACAGUUUGUUGAUUUUGAUUUAGACUUUUCCUUAAAAAAUAAUAUAUAAAUAUAUAAAUACAAAAAAUUAUAAUUGAUCCAUUAUAUCAUCUAGCUGUCAUUUGUCAGCUUUGUUUGUUUAUUGAGUGUCAGAAAACUAUAAUAUAAUAUUCUACUCCUGAUAUAAUAAGAGUUUUAUUAUCAAGCAAAUAUGCCAUAAAGUUUAGCAGCCAUGCCAAAUAUUUAAUUCAUGUCCACUGACUUUUGUUGUGUGAUCUACUAAGUUAUGAUUAAUAAUAAUAGUUUGGUAGUAUGUAGUGGUUCUUGGGCAUUUUCAAAGUGCUCCACUGGAACAUGUUUGUGCUGCAAAUGCAAAAAAAAAUGUUUUUAAUGAGUUUUAUUUCUUCUUUUUGAUGCAUUCUUGAUUUGUUUUGAAUUAAAGGGUACUUUUCUGCCAUAUUAAUUAAGCAGUCAAACAUAUAACAGAGUAAUAUAUUCAAAUAUUUUUGGGCAGAAACUGUCAUAUUGUAAAAAAAUAAAAAAAGAGCUCUGUAUUUUUCUUUAAGCAGAUGAAUGGUGUAUAUAAUGAAAACAUAUCAGCGUUUUAUCUGAUUCUGAUCGCUCAUAACUGUCAUUACUGUUGUAAUAAUAAGGAAGUUAGUUCUGUUUUGGGAGCUGCAGAUUGUGUUGUGAACAUAUAUAUAUUUUUUGCGCAUGAACACUGACUCUCCUCAGUCCGUCAUGUGGUGUUUUGUUAAAUGUCUUGCCUUCACUGGCCUGAGCUCAGUCUUGUUGUGGUCUGUCUGGUUCAGAGUCAAGAACCAAACAGAACCGCAACUAGAUCUGGCCGGGCUGGUCUGAGCCUGCUUCGUUUCAUCAGUUUUGGAUCCUUAUUUAAUUCCUACCUCGAUUAUUGUCCUAAUAUGCCCCUUUUUGGAUCAAUAAAAGUUGGUUUCUAA